UAACCUCCGGCAAGAAGGGUCUGCGUCUGAAGGAGACCUUCAAGGCCCAGGUGAAGAAGCUGCAGCCGUAUCUAACCAGAUACAUCCUUGAGGAGCAAGAGAUGGACACCCACAACGUCUCCUCGGUGACUCGGUUCAUCCUCAUGGGGCUCUCGGAGCUGCCCGAGGUGCGCUACCCUCUCUUCGUGCUCUUUGCCACCGUCUACCAGGUCACCUUGGUGGGAAACGGGGCCCUUCUGCUGGCCAUCGGGACCGAGAAGAAGCUGCACACGCCCAUGUACUUCUUCCUGGCAAACCUGUCCUUCAUCGACAUGCUCUGCCCUUCGACCACUGUGCCCAAGAUGCUGCAGAAUCUCCUGACACAGGAGAAUGGCAUUUCGCUCAUUGGCUGUGCAUUGCAGCUCUAUUUCCUGGUGGCCCUGUUGGGGACGGAAGUCUUCCUGCUGGCUGCCAUGGCCUAUGACCGGUACGUGGCCAUCUGCUUCCCUCUUCGUUACACCCUCAUGGUGACCAGGGUUCGCUGUGUCCAGCUGGCGUCUGGGACGUGGGCAGCUGGCUUCCUUAAUUCCUUCAUCCACACCAUGGCCACCUUCAGCCUGUCCUUCUGCAGGUCCAACCUGGUCAACCAGUACUACUGUGACAUUCCACAGAUUGUGGCUCUCUCCUGCUCGUCCACGUACCUGGCAGAGAUGCUGGUCCUGGUGGUCGGAGGUAUCUUUGGGGUUGGCGCUUUCCUCACCACCCUCAUCUCCUACUUCUACAUCGUCUCCUCCAUCCUGAGGAUCCAGUCGGUGGAAGGCAAGCGCAAAGCCUUCUCUACAUGUGCCUCCCACCUCCUGGUGGUCUGCCUGUUCUAUGGCACGGCCAUAUUUACCUAUAUCCGUCCAUCCUCCAGCCAGCACUUGCCUGCCCGAGACAGGCUCAUCUCUAUGCUCAAUGGGGUCUUCACUCCCAUGCUGAACCCCAUCAUCUACAGCCUGAGGAACACGGAGGUGAAGGGAGCCCUCAGAAGGGUCCUGUGUCAUGGAACAUGGUCAUAG